CUCCUCGUCCCUCUCAGCCCUCAGCGAUUCACUCAACAGCUCCGAGGGUGGAGACAUUGGCCACAGUAACGAAGAACUCAAAAACAUGCUGGCCCCGCCCUCGUCAACAGGAAGUCAGUCCAGUUCCGGAAGCCACUCGGGAUCAGGGACCGAGGACAAGUCGGACAAAGGCUUUGAGUGCGUCUUCUGCAACUUUGUGUGCAAGACACGCAGCAUGUACGAGCGGCACCUUCAGAUUCACCUCAUCACGCGCAUGUUCGAGUGCGACAUCUGCCACAAGUUCCUCAAGACGCCAGAGCAGCUGCUGGAGCACAAGAAGUGCCACACCGUCCCGUCUGGAGGGCUCAAGUAAGGAAAGCAAGUACAGACAGCGGUUCCUAACUCCCCCGACCGUAACCCCCGCCCCACUCCAUCACCGAUCAAACCUCACCAGUUCAAACCAUUGCAUAUACAUAUAUACUGGUGACAUAAUAUUCAUUAGGACAUUAGGCUUUAUUUUUUUUAAAUAAAUCUUUGCUGAUUAUUCAACAAUUAUUAUUUUUAUCAGCAUAAAUUCUGUCGUAUAUGAGACUGACCAGGGUGCUGGCUAAUAAGAGCCGUUUAUCUUAAAAGUCAAAAUAUAUAGUCACACCUGUGUCAGAUGUCACCAGUCAAGGAUUAUUAAUAUUAUAAAAAUAUAAAAAAAAGAUCUUUUAGUUCAUUAUUUUUGUCAUGUUCUCAAUCAGGUAGCCCCGCUUUAAUGACUAAAACAUGAAGCGGUGCAGGCUGUAGUGUUCACACUGCCUGGUCUCUUUGGCACAUGUGACUUCUGAGGCAGACAUUGGCUGCUCUGAACAUAAGGAUGGAAAUAGGUUUCCCCUCAGGGUUUGUUUUUCAGCAGCCCUCAGCCAACAACCCUGCCAAUAAACAAACAAAACUCAAUUCUCAAAAAAA